CAUGCUUUUACUUCAAACUCCGCGGGACUAGUUCAUGGGCCAUCUCGAAGACGCCCAACUGUACAACGCAUGCAUCAUCUGACGUCUUCCACACACGCGCCAUGGACUAAACAUAUUUCGUGUCACACUUUAUCUAUCGAGCUUCAGCUUCUCUGCUUUUCUCCGACUAUCUGUUCCCGUUGUAUGCAAGGCUUUAUUGAACCACUCAGUGAAACCCGAGAGGCCUCCUAUUGCGGCAGUGUCUUGUGGAUUUGUAUGGUAUCAUGUCCACUCUUCACACGGCACCUACCGGUAUCUUUGAGCUACAAAAACAUGAAAUUUUGAAAUCAUCACGUGCCACAGCAAGGCAUGAAUAUGCAAGAGAAGAUGGCACGGCUACGGACAGCAAUGCGUCGGUAGAAGACUACGAAGAGGAAGCCCCUCAAGACGAGGAAGAUGUCGACGAUUCAGUGAAAGAGGAUAUGAAGAAACUUGAGGAUACCUUUCCCGGUAUCUCGGAUAGAUUUCGCUUGGUCAAUAGAAUUGGCGAAGGUACUUUCUCCACCGUGUACAAAGCGGAAGAUCUGCUGUACGAUCACUAUAGGAAUGACUGGGAUAUGUUUCAAGGCUACCAAUGCAAUAGUUGGGCGAGCCCUCCCUCAAAGAGGCGACGAGUAGAUGGAGACUAUGGACAAUCUCUACCUUUAAAGCAACAGAAACCUCGUUAUGUCGCGUUAAAAAAAAUUUACGUGACUAGCAGUCCAUUUCGUAUCCAGAAUGAACUUGAGCUGCUACAUGACCUUCGGGGCUGUCGAUCCGUAUGCCCUCUGAUUACGGCUUUCCGGUAUCAGGACCAGGUUGUGGCGGUCUUGCCGUUCUUCCCUCAUACAGAUUUCCGUAUACAAUAUCGCACUUUCAUGGUUGCGGAUAUGCGACAUUACUUUCGAUCCCUUUUUACCGCCUUACACUCUGUCCAUAAGCACAAUAUCCUUCACCGGGAUAUCAAACCGACUAAUUUCCUCUAUAACCCAGAAAUCCGGGAAGGUGUUUUGGUGGAUUUCGGCCUUGCUGAGCGCGAGGGGUCCGAAUAUACCGGCACGUGUCUAUGUGCCAACCCAAGCUAUGUCCGUCGCAGCCGAUUACUACAGAGCUACUUCUCUACCCAUUGCUCAAACUCGACACCGUCGGCUGGCUACCCGAAGAACGACUCCAGGCCAUCGAGACGUGCUAACCGGGCAGGAACCCGAGGUUUUCGUGCACCAGAAGUGCUUUUUAAAUGCACAUCCCAGACGACAAAGAUAGAUAUGUGGUCAGCAGGAGUUAUUCUUCUAACCUUGCUUGGACGCCGAUUUCCUUUCUUCAACUCGGCUGACGAUGUCGACGCUACGAUAGAAAUGUCUAGCAUUUUCGGGACGCGUCGCAUGAAGAGCGCAGCAGCUAUGCACGGUCAAAUUUUUGAAACAAAUAUUCCAACUAUUGGCGAGAAAGGAUAUAGCUGGGAGAAACUCGUAAAAUGGGCCAGCUGCGUGGAAGAGUUGACGGAGAGCGAAAAACAAGCCACUCGUCUUCUGGCUGGCCUCAUGGAGUUGGAUCCCUACAAAAGGCUGAGCGCCAGAGACGCCCUACAGCACGAAUUCUUUACUGAUCCCAUUGAACAUGACGUCGAGUGGGGAGGACACCCGGAAGACAGCGGUGACUCCGGGGAGGAAGACGAAGCGGAUAAAGAUGAUGAACCUGACGAGGUUGCAAUGAUUUAAAUCCUCGAAAUAAUAUAUUAUUGUAAAAGAUAUAUUAUUGCUAAGCCUAGGACAUUCCUCGUAAUAGGAUCACCUGCCACUAGAUACUGUAG